CAAAUCGUGGGCCCUUCUUCUUGGCCUUUGGUCCAAGCAUGUCAUUCCUGGUGCAGCUGUGACUCGGCUCCCGUACGUCGACCACCGGACACCGGUGCGAUCAGGACACACCAGUUUCCUCCACAUUCUUUUUCGUGUCCAACUUCAACAUGUCGCCGGCGGCUGGAGCUGCAGCGAACCCCGCCUACUACUUCGGUGCCUCAGGGGUCUCUGCUUUGGCCUUCUUCCCUCUCUGGAAGGCGGCCGCCAUUGGCCAAUCUGGCUACAAGGUGGAAGGAAGCGGAUAUUGGCAGAAGUACUUUGAGGCCAUGAAGCCCCCAUGGAGAGGCUCUUUGGUCGUGAUCGGUGGCAUGACCUGGGCACGUGCGGCCAUUUUCUAUGGCUCUGACACAGGCUCCAAAUGGAUGCGAAAGGAGGGCUACUCCACUGCGCUGGCCUCCACCGUGCCGUCCCUCUUGGUGUCCUGCUUCGCACAGGCCGUGAACCAACCCUUCGUGCGCUCCUCCAUCAUGCUGCAGAAGCCCGGCGAGGAGUUGGCCAAGGCCACCUUCCCCAACAUGACCAUGUUGAGGCAUCUUGCUCACACCAAGGGCUUUGGCUCCUGGUUCACCGGUUUGGAUGCUGCCAUCUUGAAGACCGCGCCAAAGUACAUGACGGCCGUGCUGAUCAAGGACUACAUGGGCCUCUGGUUGGCUCCCGUGGACCCCAAGGACAAGCAGGCAGUUCUCCUGAAGUCCGCCAAGAUUUCGGUCACUGCAGGCGUGGCCGGUGCGGUGCUGACCAACCCCUUGGAUGUGGUGCGCAACGAGAUGUUCAAGACUGAGGAGGGCAUGGUUGCUUGCAUGAUGCGAAUGAGCAAAGAGUCGGGACCUAUGUGGCUGCUGCGUGGCAUUGGCAAGAACUGGGUCGCGGUGGCCGCACCCAUUGCCAGCACCAUCUUCCUCACCGACCGGUUCAAGGUCUGGUUCGGCGGGGCAUGAGCAGACGGGGCCGAUCGGCGGUCAUGAACGAGACCGAUCAUUUCUCCAUCUUCUUCCCGGUGUCGUAAGCUGCGAGGUAGCCGAAAGAAUCGUACUACUUGGUAGUUGUUUU